AUGAUAGAAACGAGUGCAAUUCGACCUUACUCGUGGUCACCUUUACAACGCACUAAAUCGAUGAACUCACAUCAUUAUUAUCGGGACGACAAAAAUAAUGAAUAUUAUUAUCAUGUUAUUGUUUUGACGGUGUUUCCGCAGCCACUGUUCGUCGCUGCCGUCAUGCCUCGUCUGUACGCCGAACGAGGGGUGUCUGGUCACCCGGCGCUGAAGCUUGUCGACGCGCAGGACCCCUAUUGCCGGUGGACGGUCGCCUACUGGCGUACGACGAUGCGCGAGGAAGCCGAAGGACUUCCGGUUCCGAACGGAGCCAGAGUGGUCCUGAAGCACAACGCGACGAAUCUGAACGCCGCGGUGGAGACGGACUUUCGAAUUGCGACGUUCUUCGGCGACGAAUACGAAGUGAGCGCCCAUUCGAUCAAGGACUCUGGAGGCCGCGAAAAGGCGCAGAAUAUUUGGGAGUUUGUCACGUCCAGUAAACGUUUGGGAUCCAAAGAUGACGGGACGAACGACGAUACAAAAACGAACAAAUAA